AUGGCUUUUGCUCCUUUGGAUCAGCAAGAUCAUUCGGAUGGGAACCUGACCUUGCAUUUAGCUGCCCGAGCAGGGCACCUCGAAGUGGUGAGGAGUUUAGUUGAAGCGAUGGCCUCUGUCCAUGCCCAGAACAAGUCUGGAAACUCUCCGCUCCACUUGGCAUCCGCUUAUGCUCGCGUUGAAGUUAUGCAUUUUUUGCUUCAAGCACGUGCGCACGUGAACUGUCCGAAUUUCCGUGGUGAAACGCCUUUCAACUUGGCGCUGCAGGAUGGUUUGAAUGAGGUUGCUCAAAUAUUACGUGAAGCAGGCGACACCUGUGCAGAGUACGCGUACGGUGAUCCUUCGUAUAUGUGGCCAAAGAACUUCCAAGUUUUCGCUUGGCCAACAAUGCCGAUGCCAAUUUCCAUGCCAGCCAUGCCCAUGCCAAUGAUGCCAAUGCCUGAAUGA